UUCUUGAUCCGUUGAGGUGUUUUUUCCAACAAUCAGUCCCAUGGCUGCCGGUGGCACCAAAGAAGUCAGCAGGACCAUGAUCACCUUUGCCCGCAAGGGUCGAUGGGAGGGCGAUGCCGGCAUGAAGCAACUUCUGUCAGAGGCGGUCAAGAUGCACAUUGAUUUGGACUACAACGAACGACCCUUCUAUCGGUCAGCCUUGUGGGAAGCCACGUGGCGAAAUCAUGAGGUGAUUGUGAAGGCUUUGGUGGAGAAAGGAGCUGCCAUCGACUUCAAGGACUACCAAGACAGAACACCUUUGCACGAGGCAGCCUACUAUGGACAUCUGAACCUUGUGGAAUACUUCGUUGAAAAGGGAGCUCCCAUCAAUGUGAUUGACAAGUUUGGCCAGACGCCACUCUUUCGAGCAGUAGAUGCUGGCAGACAUGAUGUUGUGCGAUAUUUGGUGGAGAAGAAGGCGGAGACAAACUGGCUUGACAAUGAUCAGUGUUCAGUACAGCACUGUGCGGCCUUUCAAGGCUUUCCAUCUAUGUCCACCUGGUUGUUGUACAAGGGAGCUUGGAGGAAUCGCUUUGCCAUUGAAGGAGCUAUUGAUGAAGAUCUCCAAUUCGGGAAGGGCGAAGAUGUGGCACCGAGGGCAUCUGCCACUGGAAGAACCAAUGAGGCAGAAGAAGCCUAAUGAGUUGGAGCAACGGCUGCUCCGGUCAUCGUUGGUACUUGGAGGAUCAAAGACACUUUGGAGAAACCACCUCUUGACCUAUCAAAAUGGAAAUCUGACUUCGACCAUCAAAAUCUAACCAUCGAAAAUGUAAAGUUGUUGUUUGCCGGACAAAAUUGUCCAAUGGCCUUGCAGGCUCUUGCGACGUGUGUUUCACCCGAAUGGGUUGUCGGUGGAAGCUGG